UAUGACAGUUUUUUUUAUUUAAAAUCAAUAUACAAACAUAUUUUAUAUUACAGUCUAAUAUAAAAUAUCAAAAUUAUAUUUGUGUCUACAUUGGAAAUAUCGAUAACCCCUAAGUUAUAUAUUAGUGCUAUAUUUUGAAUCCAAAAUAAAUAUUGCUCACAUUGAUCCCAAAGCUAUAUCUGCUCUGAUCAUGUCCAAUAGCAGAGUUCAAAGCGAUGAUUCCACACUGCUUGUAAAAUGUCGAUAUUUUCCAACAUCAAAUGAAAAAAUUGGUACAAAAGACUUUUUACAAGCUAGUUCCAAUGCUGUCAGCCUUAUGGAACGUUUUGGUAAAGUUUUCACACCUAUUACAAAUGACAUGAGAGAAAACAUCAUUAAAUUAACAAUGAAAUAUGAGGAAGACACACAUUCUAAUAAGUAUUUAGAUGAUAUGAUCAUUGGAGAACAGUCCAGUGGAAGAUCCUCUGCAACUGAAGCUUUGUUGUGGUUGAAAAGGUGUCUUCAUUUUCUCUCAAACUUAUUUCAUUUAAUAAUAGAAGAGAGUAAUAAUGGAUCUAUUUCAAAUGAUUUAGCACCUUUACUACAAAAAGCUUAUGCAGACACGUUAGAACCUUACCACGGUUGGCUUGGCACUCAAUUAUUCACUAUUUUGUUCCGAUACAUGCCUUUCAAGAAACAAGUGUUUUUUACACUGGCUUGUGACAAAUAUGACUGUGAUGAAUCUGUAUUAACAGAUAUGAAAAUAUAUAAUGAUUAUUUAUCAACUACGGUUCGAAGGUUAACACAAUUUUAUGUACAUAAUGGUUUGGAAUCACUAAAUGUUUAAUUUAUAUAAUUGUUAAUAAAUAAAUUUUGCAUUGUCGUAUAA